AUGGACCUCAAUCAGACCGAGGAGGCGAUAGUGACACUGGAACGUCUGCUCCGGCAGCCCCAGGUCUGGGACUUCCUCCUUUCCCUGCCGGGGCUGUUCGCGCACAACGUGCACGUGGAGGACGGCGUCCGGGCUGCACUUCACCUGCUCUGCGCGGUGUUCAAUGAAUUGAUUGACUUUCUUCUGAUUCUGAAACAGUUGUGUUACUAUUACAGGGUCUUAACUUCCGCAGAGGGACUUCUGCUGGUGGAAGAGAAGUUGCACGCCCUUGGGGAUGAGCAAGUGGGCUUUCUUUCAUCUUUCAUGGAAUAUUUGGAGAAAUUUUUAUUGCCAAAUCUUUUCGACUCGGACGGGGCUCCCAGAUUCCAUAACCUCUCAUUUCUCUCCGAGACUAUUCUAAAUACAAGUCAUUUGUGGAUAAGUCGUUUUAAAAGUUUAGAGAGAGACCCAUCUACGCAGACACUUCUGGAAUUCGGCGAAGAGAUGAUCAAAAAAGUCCAAACUCUUGAAAGUCUCUGGGUAAGGAAGGAAUCAAGAAAUAUCUCGAGACUCAUGGAACUGGUACUUUUUCAAAUUAACCCCAAGUUACUGGAUUUGUGGAUGCGUGGCCUUUCGGAAGGAGAAAGAGCUAAACUGGAAAUCUUGCCUACAACUGCAAAUUUUUCUGAUCCAGAAAGUGAGACGGUUCUCAGGAAAAGCCUUAACUUUUCCCAGUUGUUCCGUUCAGAUGGGCCUACAUCGCCAGCCACGGAAAUGGAUUUUGUUCGUUUAAGUGAAAUUAUGAUAAAAAGUCUCCAAGAAUUUGGAUUUCUGAGGCAGGAGCAGGUCUCGAAAGCUGUGGACACAGUCUACGCCCUGAGGAACGCAUCUGAUCGUUUCUCAGCCCUUUCGGAACCUCAGAAACGAGACGUUGCUCAAAUGUUGACUCAUCUGUAUGUCAGUGUCUUCCAGGACCCAGACGCAGCCUUGCUUCUGCAGAUUUAUUGUUCAUUUUACCAAAGCAUGAAUCAGCUCUUGAGCAUUCGGACUGGAGAAUCUUUGCUGUCUUUCCUGACACAAACCUCAAAACACAUUUUGAACCUCACAAAGCAGUUUGAUCUCCAAGAGUUCAGUAAAGCAAUUACGUUCUUCCAUGAAACAGCGAGGGUUCUCGGGGGAGUUUCUGAAGCAUCUUCUUGUCAGCAGUUGCUUGCGAUUUUUAACGUUUUGGAGCAUCAAGGCCAAUCCCCAGUGUCUGCAGAGGGCCCAGAAACGGCAGCGAUCCACGCGACUCUGACGGGCCUCAGGCAGCUCCUCACCGUGGACGAGGAUUUCCGUGUUGCUUUGCUUCAGUACGUGAGCCAGCUCUUCAACGGCUCAGUAGAAGCCCUGCUGGGGAAUGAAUGCUCUGUUUUGGGUGAUAAAAGCAUUUCUCCUGUGAACUAUUCGAUAGAUGGGGGGUCUUCAGUCAUUCCUCCGUGGGCUCAGAUCCUUUCCAGCCUCUCAGCCAACGGCAGUAAACUCAGUGAGUUUAUGGGGGUCCGUUGCACCAUCUCAUGGCUUCAGAUGUGGACUGAAGUCUGCACGUACGUGGCUCGGGUAUGUCAGCUGGACGUGAAUGUUCUCAGUCCUCUCCACGAUGGCCUCACUCAGCUUUUGGGUGAGCUGGAAAGAGAUGUGAACAUUCCUCGGGGCUGCCCGGGACUGUUUCCCACCCAUCACCCUGCUCGCCUCUUACUACAUUUGUUUAAAAAUUUAACCCCACCGGAUGGCUUUCACGAUUGGAACAACGUUCUGAGUCUUAAGGGCCUCUCGGCAGCAUUAAGAGAUGGGUUAGUCAGAGCAAAGCUGCUCCGCCUGGACCACGUGGAGAAAUUCCUCUUCACCGUGGAAACUGCCCUGAGUCAGCUAAAGUCACUCCCAUCAAACACGCCUGGGAGCAGAGACUUCUUACGUUCUGUGCUUGACGUUUUCAUGGAAUUGAGCAAGACUGCAGAACAGACGGAGAGACGUGUCCAUCGGACCCGUCGCUUUCUUUCAAAUAAUCUCUCAAAUUAUGAAGCAGAGUUUGCAAGUCUCAUUCCUCGCCUGAGAGAAACGGUAUUAUUUCUUAAAAAUGUGUCUCGCGACCGAGAUUUACCGUCCUGUGCUGACGUCUUCCGAAAUGUAACGGAGUUUAUUUUGGAAGGUGGCCUAUGCUGUGUGAAUACUUCGCAGAGGACGUGGCACCUCCUGGCCGUGUUAAAUUCCACGUUUUCCUCCGAGGACGCAGUUAGCAGACUGGAGGGGUGCGUCGCGUGGAUAGACGCCGUCAGCCGUCUGUGUGUGAUGGGUAACUCCAGCUUUUCACAAGGCCGUCCUCAGGGCCUUUUGGGGAGCUUCGCGGACGUGGAAGACAAAAUUAACUCCACCUUGAAGCUUGUUACUUGGCUGUUGGCUGGAACGGAACCCAGCUGUUCACCGAAUACGUCAAAUAUGAAUUGUGUGAAUGCUUACUUAAAAAACGUGACUGCCUUGCUGAACGCGAUACUUGCUACAGUCUUUGAGAAAGAAGGGGUUCCCGAAUUUGAGAUUUUAUCAACUCUUUUCAAUGAUUCCACAAACCAAGUCAAGAUGGUUAUCGGCCACUUGAUGAGAGACUUCGACUUUCUGUCUCAGUCCAACUGGACACGUUUCACUGAGCUGAUUCUAAAACCCAUCGAAAGAGCAGACAAAAUGCCGCAUCGAUUUCAAAACAUCUGGCUGCAUUUGGCAGCUCUGGGGAAGGGAGUUCAAACACUUGUGAAAGGUAUUUCCGCUAAUGUCCUGGGAAAUGACACCUCUUCUAAAACUGAAAAAAUUGUAAAGGUAUUUGCUACCAGUGCAAGGGAAACAGACAUACACGGUGUAGGCAACUCAUUGUAUCAGUUGGCUAGUUACCUUGCUCUCAAUUUAUCUCACGAUCCCCAACAUCCGCCCAGAACAAGUACGCAUGAAAUGCUGAAAGCUGUGGGUCUCAGCAUGCAACUGGCGAGGGACGUGUUCAACUCCCUGAUGCACUCAGUUUAUCGAAAUGUUCCGCAAGACCCAGACAAUUUCCAAGUUGUAAAGAAGGUGGCUUCUCUCCUGCGCAGUCUCAAGAAGAUGGACAUAGACCUGCUGGUAGGUCAGGUGGAACAAAUCGGUGACAGCCUGGUGGGUUUCUUUCAGAAUGUCAGCCGGUUAGGUCCUGGCAGUUUGGGGGUCAACUUGCUCGUUGACCUGAUGGAGAAGCUUGUAGACAGCUCCCGCGCCUGGAACGUCAACCCCCUGCUGAGGCUCUCACGUCUGUUUCCUAAAGAUGACUUGAGCGCCGUGGUGGACGCGUACCACGGGCUCCCUCACGCCGUGAGGCUCCUGCGGGGAGCGGCGGACAAAAACGUCACGGCCGCCCUCAAGGACGUCUACAACUUCACCCUUCUCCACGGCACCCGCAUCGCCAACGUCAGCAAGGAAGACUUCGCCGAGGUCAUCAAAACUCUUUCGGACACGAUUGAACUCAUCUCAGAUAAACCUGAAGUUCUUUCCGAGGCUUUAACGUGUCUCCCUGUGUUUUGGUGCGGGAAUCACUCAGCUUCUGGACUCCGGCAGAACCCCGAGUUCGAAAGCUGUGCUGCCCGCGUGCUCACGUUCCCAGCCUUGUACAGCGGCGUGGCCGGCGUACUUGCCCACCUGCGUCUGUCUGCCCCAGCGGAGGAGUCACGGUGUUUAAAUGAAAGCUCACAGGAGGAAGUAACUCGGAAAGUGGUCUGUGCGAUGCAUGAAUUAAUGGACUGGAACUCCAUUCUUCUAGAGCUGUCUGAAGUCUUCCGUGUUAGAACUCUGCUGGUGAAAAAUGUGCAAGACUUUUGGCAAAAGGUGUUGCCAUUUGUCGCGGCUCCUGGAAAUCACAGCAGGGGGAGCCUCUCUGAACUUUGUCCCCGUGGGCCCAUCAAGCAAGUUGCUUUGCAAAUUAUAGAAAAAUUAAAAAAUGUCAACUUUACAAAAGUCACAUCGGAUGGCAACCUUCCUGACAAGCUAGCUAGUUUAAACGUUGACGAAGCAGAAGCAUCUGCUCGAAAUCAUACUUUCUUAAAUUUGGAAAGGGUAAUGAACUUGCUUUCUGGCGACCAGAGCCUAGGGAACAGUACGAAUUCUCUCGUCUCCCCCUUCACGAUGUUUCUGAAUGCAAACCUUACGGGUCGUGCUUUACAAGCAUUGUCAAGUUUUAUUAAAAAAAGUGAGGCUGCUUCUAGCCUUGAAGAACUUGGGCUUGAGUUUGACCGAAUCCUGGAAGAUCUCACCCAUGACUUGAGUAUCGGGCCCCUGUUUUCUGAAGGAAACAAAGAGAUGCAAAUGGCUCAUUCAGCUCUUCUUCAAAACAUAACUUUGCAGCUUGCCCGUUUUUUGGAAAGCCUGGAUUCAUUGUCCCUGAAGGCGUUGGAAAUUGCUGAAGAUUUUUUAUUGGCUGUUAAAAAGUGGCUUCAUGAAUUCACAAAGGGAGGUUGCUCCAGAAUGAUACAAACGUUAUUUCUCCUUGCGGCCGACGGGAGUUCAGCUGAUGAUACAGCCUCGUUGGCCAAAGACGUUACCGCCCUUUGGGAUUAUCUCAGAAACGUGUCUGGGGAAGGUCAUUUGAAGGUUGCCUUUCUCCCUCAUCUGCUCAACCAAGAACGGCUAACUGAUUUCUCAGUUGUUCGGCUGCUUUUCGAAAGCUUCCUGAGCAAUCGGACCGAUACCUUAGCAGCCGUGGACGUAAGUGAUGUGGGCCUUCGGGUAGUGGAUUUCAUCGGCCGCGCCUUGAACCAGACGCCGUCGGAGGAUGGCGGGAGGCUCACCGUCCCUCCGAGGAGCAUGGUGGAUUUCACGGAACGGCUUUUGGAGACAUUCUUCUCAUUUUUUCUAAAGGAAAAUUCUGGGGACAAAAUGGCUCUUCUGCUCAAAGACGUCCACGGAGAUACCUCAGCAGAGAUGAGUUUUGUCCUAAAGGAUAAAAUCCUAGACAUUUUGAAAGCAGAUCAAUUUCUUACCUCCGUGAAAGAAGACAGAUUGAGGAACAUUUUUUCAACUUUAAAGGAGACUCUGCACCAUUUAGUCAAACACUCAUUUACAGUAGACGGUGGAGGAUUCUAUGUGGAUAAUGAUCAAGGAUGGAUGUUUAUGAGAGAUUUAUUUACCCGUCUUCUCACGGAAACCUUCUCACUGAAAAACAAGACAGAUAACGACUUGGGGUUUCUUACGGCGGUGGUGAAGCACUUGUUUUCGGAGAAGAACGGUUCCGAGGACCUUGUCAAAUUCAAUCGAGAUCUGAGGGCAGCUCUUCGCCUCGUGAGAGAAGCUUCAGCCGGGAUGGCAGGUCUCCUGGACACGCUCUCGAACUCCCCUGUUAAGGACUUCCUUGGCGCAUACCCUGCCCUCCAAGAAGUCAUACUUGCCAAUUUAACCGACUUGCUUUCCUUGGCAAAUAACUCAUUCCUUCUAAGAAACAGAGCAACGCUGGAAAUUACUGAGAGGUUGCUGGGUGUGGUUGCAAGAGCUGGUGGGCACGGUCAGGUCCUGGAGCCCCUCCUGGAAAUGUCUGAUGCUCUGAUCACGCUGGUGCGGGACGGUGCUGCUUUGAGACGUCUAGCCGCGUCCGUGAACUCCACCGUGGGACUUCUCAACCUGGCCAAGGGCGUUUCAAGGAGGAUGGCCUCUCUGGUUGCAGCUCAUUUCAGCGCCAGCGCCAAUGACACCAUGAAAAUCUUGGACACUCUUUAUUCCGUUUUGCAACAAAGUGUUCGAAAUGUCGUGAAUGAAACAGCUACAGUGAAAAAAGGAGAUCAGUUACUGUUUGAAAAGAUAGAUGACUUGUUGACACCAUUUCUUGACUUGGCUUUUGGGAUGAUUGGAGUCAAACCUAGUAGUUCACAGGACUCUGAUAUUUUCAACAUGUCAGCUCGCGUAUUCGCUUACGUGAACCAGUCCAAAGAGUUUUAUGAUCUUUCGGAAGAGAUAGCUGGGUUUCUAAGUUCUGUGAACAUCGAUGCGGGAGACGUGGAACAUCUCGUGGUAGCAUUUAACAAUGAGACCGAAGGGUUUCCCGUGGAUUCUGUCAGCUUGUGGGAAGAAAUCCUGGCUUGCUUAAUUCCUAUAAAUAACAUCGCCAACCAGAUAGAGUUUUUAUUCUCGAAUCCAAGUUCCACUCGUGAUGGCCCUCAAGACACAGCGUGGGGAAGACUUCAUGAUGUGGUCCUGUUUCUGCGUGAAAUGCUCUCACAAAACAGCACAGAAAUAGAGGCUUACUGGAGACAGGGGAUUGGUCACAUCUUAGAAGCUCGUUGGAACGACUUGGGGGAGGAUGUCCGGAAGGUGUUUGAUCUGUUGCCGUCACCGGCUCAGCAUCCAGACGAGCUUUGGAAAGCCAUAAAAACCGCGGCGGGGGUCCCCGGCGGGCUCACAAGGGACUACUCGCGUGGUGCGAGUGAAGCUUUGCUUUUCAGCACCUCUGUGAUUCAGAACGUCACUCGUCAACAGCUCGGAGAGGCGCUCGCGACGGUGUUGGGUGCGAUGGCUCUCCCUCACUGGGCACGUUCCCCGGGAGCCUGGCUUCAGCCCGUUGCUGAGAUUUUCAUUAACGCCACCACUGGAAAGAACAUCACGUCAGGAGCAGAAGAGACGCCAGAGACGGGGCAGGCUGAUUCCCCUUCCCCUCUCACACCGGUACCACGUUGCGAGAAGUUCCUGAAGGGCUUAAUUGCAUGGACUGAAUACUGGCAGGAGGUCUCACUGUCAGAUCAAAGUGUUGCUGAACUGUGUCGGGCUUUGCAGCAGCCUGUGGAGCCCCUGGAAGCUACGGCGGCCCUGCGGAGAGCGGGGAUGCUGGCCCUGCGCGCGCUGGUCCUCCUUGCAGAAAACCCUUCCUGGACCGAGGACGUCCUCUGUGUCCCUCUGAGUGAUGAGCAGGGCUGGAUAAGGCACCUCGCUUUAUCUGUUCUCCGAGGGGUCGCUCUGGUGCAGGACCACCUCCAGGAAACGGCAGAGCUGUGGGCCUCCCCCCAUCAGCCAAGCUGUGAAGAUCUGAGCAGGAAUCUCUCCAGCGCCUUGCGGAGCUUCCGGAGCGCCUUGGAGAAGGCCCGUGCACGGAGCUGUGCCUGCGGGUCCCCGCCAGGCCCUGGCCCCCGGCCACUGCACACGUUGGCCCGAAGCCUCGAGAAGACUUUGCUGUCUGGGAACCCCAUUAUGGCUUUCCUUGGCAAUUUCUCAGUAACUCAGGAUGUAAAAGUCAAAGACGUGAUGCAGAACGUCACCAGGCUAACCGAAGGGCUUCGGACGUCUCUGCACAUCUCAGGCGCGACCAUCGAGGGCAUUUUAGAAGCCAACGUCUCCCAUUCGAAGGUCCUCCCGAGCGCCCUGGCGGUGGCCUUGUCUGGAAGAUGUGACCGGGACGUGCUGCGCCUCCUGCUGGAGUUCCCCGAGGGCGCAGAGUCCAGGGCGGUGGCAGAGCUGUGCGGGCUGCCCGGGGACAAGGUGUACUCCCUGAUCAUGCUCAUGGCUCAGAAUCUGAACCUGCGGAAUUUCUUUUACAAGACUCUGAUCCCUUCGGAGGCGGGCGGCCUGCUCAGCUCCCUGUUGGACGUCGUCUCCCGGCUCAGCCACCUGCUUCCCAAAGCCGGCCGCGUCCUGGACUACCUUCCCGAGUUCCUCCAGGCGUUUAAAUUCGCUGACUUUCAAGAGGCCUCAGAGAGCAAACAGGCCCGAGGUUCAGCCUUCGGUUCUUUCCAGUCUUUGAUGAAGACCAUGUGCACGGAGCAAGCGUCUUUCUUGAGCAGCUCUGACACGUUUAUGAACCUGCCAAGGGUGGACGACCUCUUAGGGGAAGACAGAGACAAAUUCAACAUUCCUGAAGAUGCGACACCGUUUUGCUUGAAGCUUUACCAGGAAAUCCUGCAGUCCCCGAAUGGCGCUUUGGUGUGGUCCUUCCUCAAACCUGUGUUACAUGGGAAAAUCCUGUACACACCGAACACUCCGGAGAUUAACAAAGUCGUUGAGAAGGUACGCUCCAGCGAAUGA